AUGUGGAUGUGGACGGUGGGCUACUCGGUGGGCGAUAUGGUCUACAUCGCCCAGACCACAGCAGACCAGAAGCAAGCCACUCGCUUCAGCAAGGCGGUCUGGGUGGUUGCCCUGGCGUGUGUCCUGGCCUACACCGGCUAUCAAUCCUACGAGUGCUAUCUCUCCUACACGAACCCGGAUUGGACGACCGGGGUGAGGUUCGAGAGGCAGCUGGACUUCCCCACCGUCCUCGUCUGCCCCAUGUCCGAGGGCCGUUUCAAGGGGCAUGAGUGCGUCGAGUUCAAUGGGAACGCGAGCAACAUCAUGACCGCCGUCAUCGACGAGCACAUCUUCAUGCAGGUCCAGCUCACCAUCCAAAUCUCUAAUUUCAAGUCGAAUCCGCCUUUCGCGGUCGUGCUCUACUCAGCCUCUUCGCGAACACCGAUCGGGAAUGAAGACACGAGCUUCUUGGUGGUUCCCAAGUCUUCGCACUGGGCCGCGUUGACGCAAAACGAAGCGAUCUAUCUCCACGACUCUACCGAGAUCUCCUUUUCCGCAUCCACAUCCUCCACUUUCAACCGUCAGCCCGGACAUGAGGAUCGAAUCGCGAUCACCUUCUCCUACUCUACAUUCACUGUCGGCACCUCCGAGCAGGUCGUCACAUUUGACUGGCUCUCUCUCAUCUGCACGGUGGGCGGCGCUGCCACGUUCGCGUGUUAUCUGCACGAGAUCGCGAUGAUCCUCUACGCCAAGUCGCGCAAGUGGUGCUGUCCUUUGUCUCCCGGCAAGGACAUCAAUGACGACGGCGCAGAAGAGGAAGAUGAUGCUCACAGCUUCGCUGAUGAGGCUCAAAAGCCACCAAAGGUCUCUUGGGCCGAGACGACCAAGCACCGACCAAGGCCGCCAGCCCCCUUCUCUCUCCAGUAG